AUGAAGAAACGGCCACGCAGAGUAGAGCGGGUUUGGCAAAGCCCCGUUAGCUCACGAACACGCCUGAGAACAAGAGGCCCUACGCCUAGAAUAAGACCUGUCCAGUACCCUCAGCAGUGGCUGGGGAGACGUAGAUCUCCAGAAGACCGUGCGGUGAAAACAUUUCGGCCAAAUCGAAACAUGCUCGCACCGACGGUCCGUGCUAAAGAAAUGAACGCUGAGAACGAGAGCGACGGCAUGAGCCCGCAGCAGAAGAUAGCCCGCUGGUGCCCGUCGCGAGCGGACUUGAACUCUAAAAUUUUCCAACAGGCUUUAAGCAAAAAAGCUCGUAUAAAAGAAGCGACGACAAGCAAGCGCUUGAAAAGUAGCUUGAUUGAGUUGGUGAAGUUUAAACCUAUUCGGCGGAAAUCUCCCGAAAAGGGCUCCAAGCGUCGCAGGAAAAAAAGCCAGAAAUCCCGCCCCCGGAAACGAGCUUCGCUGAGAAAGGGCGUCAAAAAAAGGGUUUAUCGCCGUCGUCGUUCAUUACGAACACGAGUGCGUCGCAGGCGUAAUGCGCAGAGGCGGAGAAUUAUUCGACGGCGGCGAAAAACUACACGGAAAACAAGAAGACGUAGGCGAAGAAACGAAUCGGAAGAAAGCGACCAGCAACGCCGAGAAGUCAUCCACGGGCCGGCCGACGGUCAUGCUCAGGAUCAAAACCUUACUGAGCAGAAAAAAAUAACCGUUGGUAAUUUAGACGAGGGGCAUGAUGAGGUCAAGGAAGAUCCCCUGAAUGUUUACACUCUGUGGCGGACACUGGUAAAAGGCAUGCCCGGCGUUCCAGCAGAUAGCAGGGACGUAACUACAAACGACAAGGACGAUAAGCCAGAGCUACAGCGCGACAAGAAAGAGAAACCCGUCAAGAAACGAGUUACCCAAAAAGGCAAAAGGCGGGUAUACAAAAACACAUCUAACAACCGACGUCGGCAGAAAAAAAAUCGCAAGCGCGGGAGAAAAAUUAUACGGCGACCUAAACCUAGAACAUCCAGGAGAAAGAAAUAUGUAAACAUCAACAUCAGGAAUAAAGAGGUGAAAAAGCUCGCAAGGAAAUCACGUUGCGCACUCAACGAUGAUGAACCCGCACCAAACGAUGAACCCGAAGAUAAUGACCCUGACAUUUCCAACACACGUCGGUCCAGCAGACACGUAAACCUACAAACGGAUUCCCCACCUGCGUCCCCGAAGCCUGUGGCCAGGCCCAAGAAGUCAAACACGACCAGCAGACAUGUGGCGAUGUAUCGGGCCAAAAGGAAGAGACAGCCUGCGCGGCGCAAGAAAACCAGAGCUAAGCCCCGAGCCAGAGCCCGAACCAGCGCCCGAACCAGCCGUCGAACCUACACCCGAACCAGCCACCGAGCCAGCCACCGAACCAGCCACCGAACCGGCUCCCGAACCACUACCCAAAGCAACAUCCCAAAGAAAAAUAACGUAAACAACAACCAGCAAGAAAUAACACGCUGGCAUCGCGUAGGUGGGCGACUCAUGCGGGUGAAAGAUUACAUUUGUUCGCGCAUACGUUUUCCAAAAUGGCUGAAGACAGAACCACCCCCUGAAUAA